CGUUAUAAGUUAUAAUAAUAUGUUCAUAUUAUGCAGUAGAAAUAUUGUACAUAAUAAUUAAUAAAAAUAUUUUUGUUUUACGUUUUAAGUCUUAUUCGACCUAAUGUUACCUAAUGUAUCACCAUCUUGUAAAGACAAUUCUAAUAAUUUUAGAACUGAAUUUGAUCUAAAGAAAAAAAUUGGUGAAGGAACGUUUUCCGAUGUAUGGUUAUGUGUGCAACGAAAUAGUGGACGAGAAUAUGCGGCAAAAAUACUGAAAAAAAAUUAUGGACAUCAAGUAGAUGAUGACACAUGGAACGCCAUAUCCGAAGUGAAUGUAUCAAAAUCGGUGGGAAAACAUCCAUUUUUACUUAUGCUAGAAAGCGCAUACCACGAAGAAGAAACGGGAAAAAUUAUUUUAGUGUCAGAAUUAAUGAAAAAAUCAUUAUAUGAUAUCAUAGAAAACGGGGAAUGCCCUUUAUCAGAUUAUAGAAUUAAAACUUAUAUGUACCAAAUGUUGGAAGGUUUGAGGUAUUUGCACGAGAAUGGCUUUAUCCAUAGGGAUAUCAAACCGGAAAACAUUUUGCUGAGAUCACGGGACAAGCUAUUGAAAAUUGGUGAUUUUGGAACCACUUGUCACUACACUGAUGGUCAUCCUUACACAGAGUACGUGGCAACUAGAUGGUACCGCUCGCCCGAAUGCUUGUUAACACGGGGUUGGUACAAUUCAAAAAUGGAUAUUUGGGCUACGGGAUGUGUACUUUAUGAAAUAGCCACUGGCCAACCAUUGUUCGAUGGUCGAGAUGAAAAUGAUCAGAUGGAAAAGGUUGAUCGUGUAUUAGGCAGCCCAGACCAAAGAUUAAUUAAUAAAUUCAUGAAACAUAAAUCUGAUGUAUUCGUCGCACGAUACGAGAUUAAACGAAAUGAAAAAACCGCUGGAAUUGGACUGCAUUCGGUAUACCAACCAUACCGGCCGGCAUAUGAAUUAAUCAAAGAUAUGGUAGUUUAUGAUCCAUCCAAGAGGUAUUCCGCAGAUAGAUUAUUACGAAAGGCGUACUUUUAUGAGAUUAAGAAUACUGGAUAUGAAUAUAAAAUGAGAGAGUUUGACAAAUUCUUAAGAAAUAAAACAAUAAUCAGCUUAUCUAAGAAUGAACAACCACAAAAUACAAAUAUUAACAGACAACCUUCGUUAAUUAAAAAACAAGGUCCUGGUGGAGAUCGUAUACAAAAUUUGUUGACACAUUCGGGAAAUGCUGAAAUAUUUGAUAGAUUAUCUGAUGUUAGUCAGAAAAUAGAACAUGUUAAAUUGGAUAAAAAUAAGUCAAAUUCGCAUAAAAUAUAUUCAAAGGUCAAUAUAAAAAAAGCUAUAAUCAUCCCAGAACCUGAAAAUAUCCAUCUGGUAAAUCGAAAACAAAAUCCAUCAAAUAAAUGCUCAAAGGAUAAUACAAAAAAUAUUUCUCCAGUAAAACAAAUGUUGACAACCUCAGUAUCGACUUUAAACAGAGGCUCAGUAAUAAAAAGUGUUAGAAAUAAAUUAGUCAACCGUCCACCGUUCAAAUGAAAAAAUUAUAUGGUUUUUUUUCGAAACAAAAUUUCUUAAACACAAUUUUAAUAACAUUUAAGCUGUAGUAAAUUGUAUUUGAAAAAAUAACAACAUAAUACAACGUAA